CACAAACACACACAUUUUGUAUAAUAAACUGAAAAACAAACAAAAAGAAAGAAACAUGGUGAUGAUGAUGAAGGCCACAUGGGUUUCUCUUUUCGCCCUCGCGGCUGUCCUCCUAGUGAUCCUACUCCCCGCGGCUGAAGCCGUGACAUGCUCUCCGAUGCAACUAAGCCCAUGUGCAUCGGCGAUAACGUCGUCUUCUCCUCCAUCGGCCUUGUGCUGUAAAAAGCUCAAGGAGCAGAAGCCAUGCCUAUGUGGUUACAUGAGAAACCCUAGCCUCCGUCGCUUCGUCAGCUCUCCCAACGCUCGUAAAGUUUCUAACCAUUGCAGACUCCCCAUCCCAAGGUGUUGAGUAAUCAAAGAUGUGUUUCCAUGCUGCUUCUGGUCCUUCUAUAUAUAUUAUAUGUUUGAAUUUUACUUUUUUUUUUGUGUGUGUUUAAGGAUGUUGUUAUUUACGAUCACUAAAGUAGUAGAGAGUUAAUGGUACUCUUGCGAAUAACAAUGUGUGGGUAUGCAUCUUAUUUCAGUUUUUGCUAUCUUAUUCUAGUUCUUGUUUUUCAUGAUAUAUGAUGGUGUAAUAAUUUAAUAAAUGAAAAACAUAUUUCAUA